AUGCAAAGCACCGACAGUACCUUAUCUAAGCGUCGACGCUUCCAAUCCUCAAUCACCACCUACUUCACAUCUUCCGACUCGACCGACUCGAACUCUUCACUAUCACACAAUCAUUACUCCGCGGCCACAUUCUCAGCAACACCAGUUCUGCCUGAUAAGGUCCAGUCAUCUCUCCUCUCCGUCGGAAUGCGGGUCCGGAAAUCCGUCGCCGACGGAUACAAGACUCAGAUCGCGAUAGAGAAAGAGAAGGCGAAAGUCACAUCUAACAUGGCUACAACAACUCAGCCAUACGCUCAACCAUCUUAUUCUGAACUAGCUCCUUUCUCGGGUCUCGUAGGGCCCUCUCACAGCCUGGUCACUGAUGACGAUGCAUUCUCUCUACCACCAAGCAGUCAAGAAUCUGUCGCAUCUUCCAUUUCCGGUCCGAUCACACUAAAUGGCCAAAAGAGACGAUUGGAUGGGGAGAAUAGUAUCUUUGCCGACGAAGAUUCAGACUUGGAGGACGAAGAAAUUCAAUCCUGGCGAACUGCUCCUCUUGGACGCACAAUCCUAUCCCCGAGUCUGGGACAGCAGAGACGUCGCGCUCUUGCUGCCCGUCAGAAGUCCUCCUUUAAUGAGCCCGCAACCAUGGACUUGGAUGACUUCGAAGAAGCCUCUUUCCUUCGUCGACGGGAGGAGGUCGAUGCUGAUUACCAGAUGGAUUGUGCUUAA